AUGCAAUCCAAGCGCAUCACUGCGUGUGGUCCUUGUCACAAGAAAAAGGUCAAGUGCUCUGGCAGUGGGCCACCGUGCACAGCCUGUGCGGAAUCAUCGUCAGAAUGCAUUUAUCCGGUCAAAGAUAGGAAGACGAAGGUCGGGCAGCGGUAUCUCGACAAGAUACUCGAAGAGAACAAACACCUUUCAGCCAUUGUAUCGUCUAUCAAUACCCCCGCGUCAUCUGCAGCGCAGACGCCGGUCGAGCCUCCCGAGCCCAGAGCAGACAAUGCGGACCGAAAUCCAUUGAUUGAGGAAAGACCGUGGUUCAUUGCCCACAAUGCCUCUGACCUGCCGAUCCACAUUGGCGAGGCUGCAGAUGCUGCCUUCGCGACCAGACUGCGCCAGACUGCAUCGACGAAGCCCGUGAGCCAUUUGCCGAGGAUUCAGUACAUGAGUGACGACAGCCUUCGAUCUCUGACUGACCCCAACUUGCAAUGGCCAAAUGCCUCUCGGAUGACGUACCUUGUAGAUGUGGCGCUGAACACGGUCUGUAAGACUUGGCAUGUUGUUCGCAGGUCGAAGAUCAUGGCGAGUGUCAGCACUGUCCUUCAAACUCCAGAUACUUGCGAUUGGCUUUCGGCAUGUCGACUGUGGGCGCUCCUUGCCCUGGGCGAGGCGUACUCCUCUCGAUGUACACUACCUGAGGCGCCCUUCCCAGGAUCGAAGUACUUCGCCAAGGCGAUGGCGAUGGCGCAUAUUCCCAGCGAACGGCCUCGGCUGGCGUUGAUUGAGAUCUAUAUCCUCUUGUCAAUCUACGCUUCUGCCAUAAAUCGCCGCCACACAGCUUCCUUCAUGGCAAGCUACGCCUUACGUGUCAGCAUAAUUCUCGGCUUGCAUAUUGAAAUUAGCGAGUCGCAGGUCCGGGACCAGGCGCUACGUGAACAUCGAUGUCGACUAUGGUGGACCGCUUAUUGUUUCGACAGAAUGUGGGCAUCUAAAAUCGGCUGGCCUCCGUCCAUUCCAGACGAUAGCGUAGAAAUCGGGUUGCCAUCGGAUGAAGGCCUUCCACCAGAAGCGCGCAUCAGCUCGCUCUACGUCAGGAAGCGGCAGCCUACGUCCUUCUCUGAGAGAGUGCAGACAACAGUACAAGCAUUGAGUGAAUGGGCCAACGACCUUCCGUCACGAUUACAGCUUAAUGCUGAGGAGAGCGGAGCUCAAAAUGAGAGACAUGUUGUAUUUCUACACUUGUCGUUCAAUCAGACUGUCAUCGUAACGACACGGCCUAUCGUGCUGCAUUUGCUUCGACAGAGACAACAAAGCUCAGCUCAAGGAUCUAAUCCUCAAGAAUCAUUCCCAGAAUCAGCGUUAUCCCUGACAAACGCUUGCAUACGAUGCGCUCGCAAUUCCAUGAAGCUGUUGAAGACCGCUUGGAGUGACGGCACCAUCUCUGCCUUCGACUAUUUCUCCACUCAGUACAUUUUCUCCUCGGCAAACAUCCUAGCCUUAUCCUGCUUCUUGCGCAAUAAUGGCUGGAAAAGUGAUCACGAGGACUUUCUUCUCGCAGCGAACUUUCUGCAUCAACUUGACCGGAACGGCAACCUUGCUGCGAAAGAAUACUUUCUUCAUAUCGAAGCUUUGCGAGAUGUGUUGAAAGAGCAUAUCUCGAUGCGAGUCGAUGGUGAUUGGCGAUCGAUGCAAGGCAACGAUUUGUUGACAGCAGACACGACGCGAAACAUCCCGAGCGAUCUGUCUGCGCCUACAUUUGGCGGCGGUCUCAUACAAAACCCACCUCUUCAAGACUUUCUGAAUCACCCUUCGAUCGAUCUUGACUUCAUGGACACUGGAGGAACCUGGCUCGACUGGCAAGAUGUUUCCUGGCCGAACGUUGAGCCUUUGGUCGGCAACUUCUGA